AGUGGUUUGUUCGAAAUGUGGUUAAUAUUGAUCGGAGUUCUAACCUUCCCAGUGAUAAUUUUCGCUUACAUUGAAUUGCGUGUAGCACAUAGGCGACGACUGGUGAAUAAGUUUAAUGGACCUUCCCCGGUGCCCAUAGUGGGAAAUGCUCUUCAAUUGGGCAAUAAUCUGCCAGAGACUAUAAAUACAUAUUUCAAUUGGUGGCAUCAGUUUGGCAAAGAUAAUUUUCGUUUCUGGAUUGGCUAUUACUCAAACAUUUUGAUAACAAAUGCCAAAUACCUAGAGUACAUACUCAGCAGUCAAACUUUGAUACAAAAGUCAGAUAUCUAUGAUCUUUUACAUCCAUGGCUUGGUUUCGGUUUGCUUACCAGUAAAGGCGAAAAAUGGCACAAACAUCGCAAGAUGAUAACUCCAUCAUUUCAUUUUAAUAUCUUGCAAGACUUUCAUGAGGUCAUGAAUGAGAAUUCUACAAAAUUCAUUAAGAAACUGAGGAUUGUGGCAGCCAAUGAUAACAUCAUCGACUUUCAAGAUCAAACCCAUUAUUUCACCUUGGAUGUUAUAUGCGAUACAGCGAUGGGUGUCCCUAUAAAUGCCAUGGAAAACAGUGAUUCGAAAGUUGUGCAUGCAUUUAAUGAUAUGUGUUAUAACAUCAAUAUGCGAGCCUUCCACCCAUUUAAACGAUCCAAAUUCUGUUAUCGUUUUUUCCCCGAAUAUUCAAAAUAUUGCGAAACUUUGAAAACUCUUCAGGAUUUCACCAAUGACAUUAUCGAGAAGCGCGUUGAAGCUUACAAACUAGAAACUACUGAGAAAACUGAAAGCAAUGAAUUCUCGCGUAAAAAAAUGUCAUUUUUGGAUACUUUACUCUCUUCGACUAUAGAUGGACGUCCGUUGACAAAUGUCGAGAUCUAUGAAGAGGUAUCCACAUUCAUGUUUGAGGGACAUGACACAACCACUUCGGGUGUGGCAUUCGCUGUAUAUCUUCUCUCACGUCAUCCGGAUGAGCAGCGUAAACUCUUUGAGGAACAGUGUGCCGUAAUGGGCAGUGAUCUGAGUCGCGAUGCCACCUUUCAGGAAAUAGCUGAUAUGAAAUAUUUGGAUUUGUUCAUUAAGGAGGCACAGCGAGUUUAUCCCAGUAUUCCGUUUAUAGGACGCUAUACGGACAAGGACUAUGAAAUAGAUGGUACCAUCAUUCCCAAGGACACAACCCUCGUAUUGGCCAUCCUUAUUAUCAACUACGAUAAGAGGACUUUCAAGGAUCCCCAUGUCUUUCGACCUGAACGUUUCGAGCAGGAGAGACCGGGCCCCUUUGAGUAUUUACCUUUCAGCGCUGGUCCUCGCAAUUGCAUAGGACAAAAGUUUGCCCUCCUCGAAAUCAAGACAGUGAUUUCCAAAAUUAUACGUACAUUUGAAGUACUGCCUGCUCUCGAUGAGCUGAUCUCUAAGGAUAACCGUUUAAGUACGUUCUUGGGUCCCGAAGAAGAACGACUAAAAUUUGAGCAAAAGCGUCAUAAAUAUGAUCCCAUUUUGUCUGCUGUUCUAACUCUCAAAUCCGAGAAUGGUUUGCAUUUGCGUUUGAAGGAGAGAGUAUAGUUUAGGUUUCUGUUAUUGUUUGUAUUUUAUUGUUUUAUGUUAUUAAAGUUUAAUUAACAGCUACAAGGACUGUACCGACGUAGGCAUUGGCUAUAAAUGAUGAAGGAUUUAUGAUUUCACCAUCGAUAUACUGGGAAUUCAGGGAUGUGGUAAUGAUUUCUGCCUCAGAACCUAGACUAUAAUAUUUGGUUAGAUCGAUGGUUUUGCUACUAUCACCCAGAUUAAGGACGACCACAUAAAGAUCGCUACCCUCCUUUUGACUGGAAUAAAAGACAUUGGCAUUAGAAAA